UUUAUUUAAUAUCUACGUUCAUUAUUCUACAUGGUGGCAGCAUGAGUCGUAAGAAAAAUAAGAAGAAUAUUGAUGAAUCAUUUGGUGAAUUGCAAGAUAAUUCAUCGGUCGGCCGUCGACACAUCACGUUUCAACCACCGGCUCAAUUUGACUUCCAGUGCCCAGAAAAAUGGGAAAAAUGGUUUAAAAGAUUCGAAAGAUACCGGAUGGCGUCGGGGCUUGAUCAGGAAUCAGAAGAAAAACAAGUGACUUCUUUAAUUUAUUGUAUGGGGGAGAAUGCUGAAGAUAUAUUGACUCGCUCCCAACUUCCUGAAGAAAAACUUAACUCCUAUAAAACUGUAAAGGCCGCAUUUGACGAAGCUUUUAUAGGGAAGCGGAAUAUACUUUAUGAGCGUGCUAAAUUUAAUUCUCGAAACCAGAAAAAAGGGGAGAUCUUUGAACAGUUUCUCACUGAUAUCAGCUUGAUGGCCGAACGUUGUGCUUUCCGGGAUCUUAGAGAUGAACUUGUUCGUGACCGUAUAGUUGUCGGUAUUUUAGAUAAGACUUUAUCCUCACAACUACAAGAGGAUGCUGACCUAACUUUGGAGAAAGCUAUACAAAAGGCAAAACAGAGAGAAUCCAUAAAAAAACAAACUUAUGAACUGGAGGAGAUUCAAUCAAAACCUUCAUCAGAAGUUGAUCGUAUCCAUUCCAGUUCGUCUAGCAAAUUUCCACUAAAGGAGUCCACAACUGAUAUUAUGGAAGGUGGGUGCUGGAAUUGUGGGGGUCCUAGACACCCACGAAAUUCUUGUCCAGCUAAGGACUAUACCUGUAAGUGUGGAAAAGUUGGCCAUUUUAAAAAAAUGUGCAAAUCAAAUACCAUUGUGGGUAAAUUCACAAAGAAAAUUGGGGAAUUGCGCGAAUCCUCGCAAAUUUCAGUCAGCGAGCAAGAGGAUGACGCAACGUACCUUGGAGCGUUGAAUACCAUUGGUGGAGUUUCCAAUGCUUGGGCAGAAGUUACAGCCAUACCAUCUAAUAUUCUAAAGCAAAUUCCAAAUCUUUUCAAGUCAGACAAAACUCUAAAAAAUGCCGACCAAAAUAUCAUGGUGGUGGAUGGCAUGUUUACGGCAGAUUUAGAAUUUAAUGGUCAGAAAGUGAAAGAAAAAAUAUAUGUAAUUCCUACUUUAAGUGAACCUUUGCUCGGAAUUACAGCCAUAAAAUCUCUUAACCUAAUCACAGUUCGAAAAUCGUAUGAAUCAGGCAAUAUUCAAUCAAUCGCCUUAGAUAAAGUUGUACAAGAGUAUCCCCAGCUUUUUAUGGGAUUAGGAAAAGAAAUGUUUACAGCAGAUACUUUGAGCCGAGCACCUCUUUCUGAUUCGGAGGAUGAUUUCACUGCAAAAGUCGAAGCUCAUAUCAAGGUGGUUUCUUCGGGAUUCCCAACAACUCCAUCCAGACUCGAGGAAAUUAAAAACGCCCAAAGUCAGAAUCGUGAAUAUCAACUGUUAGUCGAGUAUGUUGAGAACGGUUGGCCAGAUCACAAAAAGAAUGUACAGGAGUUGAUGAAGCGAUGUCUGCUAUAA